CGGUCCUGCGGCUCACAGGACUCCCUAAAUCUUUUUAUUCCCACACUGUAGAUUUUCCACUGAAGAUCCACUUGCUUGAACUGAGUGUCUAAUUAAAACUAAACACUGACGACUCUUUAUCAUUAUUAAUCAUUUCAGUCAUUUCCAGCUGUUUUCAGUCGGAUCCUGUUUUUAUUUCCACAUUAUUUUUUGGUCACUUUUCCUUCUAUUCCGGUUGGAUUUACAAAGGGCGUGUUAGGGACGAUCUGUACCGGGAGUUUCAUCUCCUGUACUUGUGCGACUCUGAGGAAUGACAGCAACUGGGAAUCGAUCCGCCUGAAUGGAAACAAUGGAGUAUACAGAGCUUGGACAUCAUUUCGAGGAGAAGCUGACACUAACAGACAAAUCUCUUCAUCUGCAGACAGAUUCUCAGCCCAUCCAGAAUCAGGACAAGUCUUUGGAGAAGGACAUCUUGACUUCAUACGACUCAGCCAUCACAGACCUCUCUCCUAAAACAGACUCCAGCCCCAUAACAGAGACCCUCAGCAAGACAGAUGUCUCCUCCAAGACAGAUGUGAGGCCAUCCACCCCGGGCAGCAGCAGCAGCCCUCAGCCCAAGAAAGAUUCGAUGAGCUCAGAGCAACGACAGAAACUUGCCAAGGAGCGGAGGGAGGAAAGAGCCAAAUAUAUCGAACAGCAAACUCAGCUGCAAGCGGCGAAGAAGGCCCAGUGGCUGGAGAAGGAGGAGAAGGCCCGGCGUCUGAGGGAGAGCCAGCUGGAAGAUCGCAGGAGGAAGCUGGAGGAACAGAGGCUGAAGACUGAGAAACGCAGAGCCCUGCUGGAGGAGAAACAGAGACAGAAACUAGAAAAGAACAAGGAGAGAUAUGAGGCAGCUAUCAAGAGGUCAACCAAGAAGACGUGGGCCGAGAUCCGCCAGCAGAGGUGGUCCUGGGCGGGCGGACUCAACCAGACCUCCCGCAGAGAGAGCAGAUGCUCGGCCUCCACGGUCAACUUGCCGAGACAGGUGGACCCUGUCAUUAACAACAGGCUGUCCAAGUCCUCUGCUACGCUCUGGAACUCCCCCAACAGAACCCGCAGCCUGCGUCUGAGCCCGUGGGAGAGCCGGAUCGUGGAGAGGCUCAUGACGCCAACUCUGUCCUUCUUGGCCCGCAGUCGCAGCGCCGCCACCCUCCUCAACAACAGCGACUCUCACUCUCAUCACUGCUCCCGUUCAGCCUCCGCCAGUCCGCUGAACGCCUGCUCCCAUCACCACCCGCACCAUAACACCGCCGAGCGCUGGAGGGUCUCCUCCGCCAGCACGCCGGACAUCACCCAGCGCCAACGCCGGCGAAACUCCACUCCGGUGGACAAAAAGAAGAAGGAAAAGAAAGACAAGGAGAGGGAGAAUGAAAAAGAGAAGAACGCUCUCACAAAAGUGCAGAAGAAGAGACAGACAACAUCACCCCCCACCACGACCCAGAGAUCCAGGCCAGAGACCAGCACCCCGAAGCCCAGAAACAGACCUCCGUCACCCGCCGCUCCCAAAAGUCGGCCCCUGUCCCCUCUAGUACCGGCAGCCUCCAAGACCCCAAUGGGCAAGAAGACACCUCCUCCUGGCACCAAGCCCCGACCCAAACGAGCACAGACGCCCGCCAGGGUGCAAGCCCAGACGGUCACUGCAGUCGCUGUGGAAACAGGCCAAGAAACCCAGAAGCCCAACGCUCCAGAGGAGAAAAAGGACUCCAGCAAUGUUCCUGCCAUCGUGGUGUCCUCUGCACCGCUUACACCUCAUUCCCUCGGCCCAGCAGUUGGAUCAGCGGCCUCUCCAGCUGCUCCAAACGUAGUGCCGGCUGCCUCAGCUGCUUCUCCUGCUGCCCCCUCCACCAGUAAUCCUGCUCCUUCUGCUGCCCACGACACCACCGCCGCCGCCGCCGCUGCUUCCACCACUCCGGCUGCACCAGCCAGCCGGCCGUCAGCAGGCACCAACAACCCAGAGGAGGCUGCUCGUGUCCUGGCAGAGAAUCGCAGACAAGCCCGGGAGCAGCGUGAGAGAGAGGAGCAGGAGCGUCUGGAGCAGGAGCACAGGAACAGGAUCCUCCGGGAGGAGGCGAUGGUGCGGGAUGCAGAGGAGAGGAAGCGUAGAGAGGAGGAGGCUCAAUUUAUGGCUGAGCAGCAGCGUCUGCGGGACGAAGCCCAGCGAGCUCAAGAGGAGAAGGAGGCACAGGAGGAGAACGAGAAGCUGCAGAGACAGAGGGAGGAGGCUGAUGCUAAAGCGCGCGAGGAGGCCGAGCGUCAGCGCCUUGAAAGGGAGAAACACUUCCAGAAAGAAGAGCAGGAGCGGCUGGAGAGGAAAAAGCGCCUUGAGGAGAUCAUGAAGAGGACUCGGAAAAGUGACGCAGGAGAAAAGAAAGAUGUCAAAGCUACUCCGCAGGUCAACGGCAAGCACACAGAGCUCAGUAAGGCAUCUGGAAACCUGCAGAGUCCUGAUGCAGCAGUCGUCAGCCCAUCAACUGUGUCCGGUCCUGUGGUAAACGGCGUCCAGCCCAACGCGCACCAGAAUGGCGUCUCGGCCAACGGAGAGGCGGCUGACUUUGAGGAGAUCAUCCAGUUGAACAAGAGCGGUAACCCGACUCAGACUCAGAGCGGCCUGGUCAGCGAGCCGAUCCUGGCAUUCGAGGGCGGAGAGCCCUUCCUGAUGAAAACAGGCCCUAUGAAGCCUCAGCAUGUCGCAGAGGUUCUGUAAGUCCUCACUCAUCUCCAUGGAGACGCGCCUUAUGUCUCAGCUUGAGCUAUGAGAUUCAUGCCACACUACAGCGGCUUCUAAAAAAUUGUGUGCCAAACAAACUAUGAACUGCGCUGAAUUCCCAUUUCACAGUAUCUGCCACAAGAGGACAAAGAAGGAGCUUCUCAUCUGAAAUAUGAAAACGUGCAACAUCAAGUAUUCUCUGUCUUCACCUCGUGUUCUGGUGCAGCAUCUGUCAAAUUUGUAUUGAAAUGUCACAUGCAGAUUUUACGGGGCACCUUAAAGAUGACUGUAUUUUAGAAAAUACAAUUUUAGAAAAUACAAUAUAAGAUCCUGGAAAUACAAAUAAAAUAAAAUAUUUGACAAUGGUUGUUAUUAUUACCGUUGUUACAAUAUUGUUAUUGUUAUUUUUAAGUUGAACAGUGUGUGUGUGUGUGUGUGUGUGUGUAUGUGUAUGUGUAUGUAUGUGUGUUUUGUUUGUUGUUUUUGUCUUGAAUUACUGAGUUAUUUAACAUGGGGAGCAUUGGACGGACCGGCCGCAGACAGUGUAUGUAAAUGUAUAAUAAGCCCGGCUGCCUAGGCCUCCUGUUACAGGGGAUCUGUGAAAUAAAGCUUUACGAAAGGGA